ACUGCUUAACUCAAGGGGAAUUAGUCAACCUCGAUUAACCAAAGAUACAUUAUAACAUGAACGUUUCACGUGGCGACUUUGAUAUUUUAGCUUCUGCUUAAAAAUGUUUCAUUGUGGAGGAAAAGAUUGGUUACGUGACCGGAUAAGUUGCUGACGGUUGGCGUUGUUAUUCUGUGGCUCGCACAGAGGCAGCAGUUUUUCUCACGCACCUGAGUCUUGAGGACUGUUUAAAAAAAGUUUGGAAUGCAGGUGGGAUGGUGCUGAUGCUGCCGCGAGAAACAUGUGUUCGGAAGUCGGAGAAGAUGACAGCUGCAUGAUGCGGUCGCGGUUAACGACAUCAGAAAGGACAUAACUACCUAAAAGGAUGCAAUUUUCAGAAAUUUGCUGUCUUUAAAACCAUCAAUCUCACUGUUUACCUGGUGGUAAAACCCGCAACGCAAAGUGAUGGCGUCUGAGAUGAUCUGCGGGCUGAUCUUCAGAUUGCUUCUUCCGAUAUGUUUAGCAACAGCGUGUCUGUUCAGGUACAAUGGGCUGUCAUUUGUCUACCUCAUCUACCUCCUCCUCAUCCCUCUUUUUGCCGAGCCAACCAGCACAACCAUGCAGGGCCACACGGGGCACCUCCUAUUGUCCCUGUGCAUCACCAGUUUCAGCUUCCUGCUCUUUCACAUCAUCUACCAGAUUACCAUCAACAGUAUCCUGGCCUGGAACAACAUCAAGCCGGACUUUAACUGUACUCUGUGGGAGAAAUCCAUAAGACAGAUUGGCUUUGAAAGUGUGAUUGGUGCUGAUGCGGGAAAUGGCAUCCGUGUCUUCCUCCCGGACGUCGGGAUGUUUCUGGCUGGUCUGGGCUGUUGGCUGGUGUGUCGCAGUCUGGUUCAGAAAAGACCCCCGGAGGACAUGGCUCAGGACAAUACUGACUUUGAACCUGAGGAAGAGGAAGAGGAGGAGGAGAAGCUGAGCCUUGACGACAACAUCCUGCUGGACGAAGACUUCGAAGCAGGUUAUGAGGCUGGAGAAGAGGAAGAGGACGAGGAGAUGGAGGAGGAGGAGGAGGAGGAAGGGGAGAUGGAGGUGGAGGAGAGCACAAAGAUGAAGAUUCUGCGUCGUGUUGCAGGCGUGGCGUCCAGAGUGAAGGAGAUCAUUGGGAAUCUGAUCACCACGGCAGGGAAAGUUGUGGUCACCAUACUGCUAGGCCUGACAGGUAUCAUGCUGCCCUCCCUGACGUCGGCUGUCUACUUCUUCGUGUUCCUCUUCCUGUGCACGUGGUGGUCGUUCUGCCGGACCUUCGACACGCUCAUCUUCAGCUGCAUGUGUGUCCUCAUGGCCAUCUUCAGCGCUGGACACCUGGUCGUCCUCUACCUCUACCAGUUCCAGUUCUUCCAGGAGGUCAUCCCUCCCGAAGACCACUACAUCAGCCUCUUUGGCAUCUCGUCAAUCAUUCAGACGAACUGUUCGUCCACCUGGAGGCUGAUUGUUAACCCUACGAUGGCCUGGCAUCACUUCGUCAACCCCAUCAUGCUACUACUGUUAUACUACACCCUGGCCACGCUCAUCCGCUUGUGGCUCCAGGAGCCUGUUGAGGAGGACGAGAAAGAGGAGCAAGAGGAGGUUAUGGGGAAUGGCACCAGUAAAUCUGCUGACAAAAAGCGCCAACUGUGGUGGAAGGCUCACCAACACACUGAGGAGAGAAACCUGCUCUCUACUCUGGACGGCUACAGCACUUCUGAGGGCUUAGCAGUCAAGUCCAAUGGGACAUCUUUUGACCUAAUCUCCCCCCUGAAUGUGGAGAAUGGACCUGUCUGCCUUGACCUGUAUUCCACCCCCCAGUACAAAAUGGAUCAAACCAACAGCAUAGCAGGCCAGAGGGUUGGAGGGGGUUAUGACAUCAGUCCCACGCUGGAAGGAGAACUGGCUGGGAUAAAGGGAACGGUGGAGGAGAAGGGAGAGGAGGAAGAGCAGGAGGAGGAGGAGCAGGAGGAGGAGGAGCAGGAGGAGGGCAGAGUGAACGCGGCUGUGACGGUGUUCAGGUUCAUUAUGAAGCAGAGCUACAUCUGUGCUCUUAUAGCCAUGAUGGCCUGGAGCAUCACAUAUGUUAGCUGGCUGACGUUUGUGUUCCUGAUGUGGUCAUGUAUGCUGUGGAUGGUGAGGGACCGGCGUCGCUACACCAUGCUGACCUCGCCCUUCAUGGUUCUGUACGGGAACCUGCUCCUGGUUCUGCAGUACAUCUGGAGCUUUGAGCUGAUGCAACCGGUUCCAGGACUCUUCAUUAAGAAGACGGUGCUCUUCAGGGAACUGGGAUCCAAGGUCCUGUGUCUGUUUUCCUUUUGGCUGCUGCUGAGACAGACUCUGAUGGAGAGACAGGAGAAGCAGAGAGAGGAGGCUGCUGUCCUCACUGAUGUCCACGUGGACCUCCAGCCCCAGAGGAAGGAGGAAGAGGAGGAAGAGGAAGGAGAGCAGGACAUCAUGCAGGUCUUGGGGAACAUGGUGAUGGACAUUCUAGUGAAAUACUGGAUCUACAUCUGCGGCAUGAUGUUCUUCUUGGUGAGCUUCGAGGGACGCAUGGUCAUGUACAAGAUCAUCUACAUGAUGCUGUUCCUGUUCUGUGUGGCGCUCUAUCAGGUGCACUAUGAGUACUGGAGAAGGAUCCUGAAGUACUUCUGGAUGUCUGUGGUGGUCUAUACCAUGAUGGUCCUUAUCCUGGUCUACACCUUCCAGUUUGACACAUCUCUGCCCUUCUGGUCCAAACUAACCGGCAUGAGCAAGGAGAAACUGAAAGACUUGGGCUUGGAGCAGUUCUCCGUCUCUGUGCUCUUCACACGCAUCUUCAUCCCGACCUCGUUCCUCCUGGUGUGUAUUCUCCACCUGCACUACUUCCAUGACCGCUUCCUCCAGCUCACCGACCUGAAGGCGGUGGCCCAGAAACAGGACAGCACCAUAUACAGUCAUGCUAAAGUCAAUGGGCGUGUGUACGUGAUCAUGAAUAGCGUCAAGCAAAGCAUUUCUUCUCCGCAGACCAAACUGGUUCAUCAGGACGGGAGCCUGGCAGACAUCACCAUGCUCAGCAUGUCAUCUGGAGAAGGAGCCAUACGGAUGGAGAAGGAGGAAACCCUGGUUGUAGUGACGGAGGAGAAGGAUGUAGGGAUGAAGCAGAAAGGAGCACUCCGUCACACCAUUGACCUCCGUCAGUCUUUUGCAAAGUCCUUUGAGUCCAGGUCCAGUGCAGGGCAGGGGGCCAGUGUGGGGAUGGAGACCUCCACAGAGAACACCAGCUCAGAUCUAAAGAACAAGUGGCACCUUGUGGUGGACCGUCUUACUGUUCUGCUCCUCAAGUUCCUGGAAUAUUUCCACAAGCUGCAGAUCUUCAUCUGGUGGCUCCUGGAAAUCCACGUCAUCAAGAUUGUGUCCUCAUACAUUAUUCUGGUAUCAGUGAAAGAGGUGACCUUGUUUAACUACGUGUUCCUGGCCUGCUGGGCCUUCGCCCUUCCCUUCCGCCGCUUCAGACCUGUGGCCUCCAGCAUCUGCACUGUCUGGACCUGUGUGGUCAUCGUCUGUAAAAUGCUCUACCAGCUGGAGUCCAUAAACCCUCCCCAAAAGAACUGUUCCAUGGAAGUGAAUUACAGCGAAAAACAGAAGCAAGGGGAGUUGAAGAACUCGCUGUUUAUAAAGCAACGAAUUAACCCGUCCAAUUGGGUCGGCCUGGAAAAGUUUAACCCCCUGCUGGACUAUCUCACGUACAACUUCCUGAUGCUGGCCCUCCUGGCGUUUGAGGUGACCAUCUACCGUCACCAGGAGUUUUAUCGUCUGAGGAACAAGCUGACAGCGCCCGCUGCACGCAUCAUCUUCCAUGACAUAACACGGCAACACCUCGACCAUGGCAUCCUCAAAUGUGCCAAGUACUUCAUCAACUACUUCUUCUACAAGUUUGGCCUGGAGACAUGCUUCCUGUUAGCGGUGAAUGUGAUUGGCCAGCGUAUGGACUUCUACGCCAUGCUGCACGCCUUUGCUCUGAUCACGGUUAUGUACAGGCGCAGGAGAAAGGCCAUCGCUGAGAUCUGGUCUAAGUACUGCUGCUUCCUGGCCUGCCUGCUGACCUGGCAGUACUUCAUCUGCAUUGGAAUACCGCCAGCCGCCUGCAGAGAAUACCCGUGGAGGUUUCCUAACUGGACGAUGGAAUCCAAUGUCAUCAAGUGGCUGUAUAUCCCAGAUUUCCACAUGAAACCCAACCCCAUGUUCCUCAUCUAUGACUUCAUGCUCCUGCUCUGCGCCUCUAUGCAGAGAAGUAUUUUUGACGAGGAAAACGAGGCAGCUGUUCGUCUUAUGGCUGGGGACAACGUGGAGAUCUGUAGAGACCUGGACGCGUCUUCCUUCAGCAUUCACAACCCUGUUCCUGAUUUCAUACACUGCAGGUCUUAUCUGGACAUGCUGAAGGUGAUCGUGUUCAGCUACCUGUUCUGGUUCGUGCUCACCAUCAUCUUCAUCACCGGUACCACACGGAUCAGCAUCUUCUGUCUGGGCUAUCUGGUAGGCUGUUUCUACUUCCUGCUGUUUGGCGGGCAGCUCCUGCUGAAGCCAACCAAGACGAUUCUCCACUACUGGGACUUCCUGAUUGCCUAUAAUGUGUUUGUGAUCACCAUGAAAAACAUCCUGUCUAUCCUGGCCUGUGGUUACAUCAGGAUUCUGAUGAAGGACAGUUGCUGGCUGAUUCAGCUGCUAAGUCUGGCCUGCACCAUCAAAGAAUAUGACGUCCCCACUGGCUUAUCACGAGAGGACGAUAAGGCGUGUGACCUCCCCAGCGAUGAGGCAGGGAUUAUUUGGGACAGCAUCUGUUUUGCCUUCCUCCUCCUACAGAGACGCGUCUUCAUGAGCUACUACUUCCUCCAUGUUGUGGCGGACAUUAGAGCCUCAGAGAUACUGGCAUCUAGAGGAGCUGAAUUGUUCCAGGCUACUAUAGUGAAGGCAGUGAAAGCCAGACUGGAGGAAGAGCGCAAAUCUAUGGAGCAGCUCAAAAGACAGAUGGACCGUAUCAAGCAGCGCCAGGAGAAGUUCAAGAGAGGGAAGGAGAAGAUGCUGAGUCUCGUUCAGGAAUCAAUAGAUGGACAGAAACCCAUACAGCUACAGGAGCAGGAGGAUGAUGAUGAUGGGGCAGAGCGACAAAGCCAGAAAGAGAAAUCCAAGACUAAAAAAAAGCAGUGGUGGCGGCCUUGGGUUGACCACGCCUCCAUGGUGAGAAGCGGAGAUUAUUACCUUUUUGAAACUGAUAGUGAGGAAGAAGAGGAAGAGGAUGUGAAAAGUGAAGACCAAGAGCCGCCCAAGAAGUCAGCAUUUCAGAGAGCUGUUGGAAAGUUUCUGUCUGCCCUCAUAGCUCUUCCUCGAUCUAUCUUUAAGCUGCCCAAAACCAUCCUCCAGUAUAUACUCAGGGCAGCCAAGUUUCUUUACCACGCCUGGAUAACAGAUUCCAAAACAGCCAUGAAGGAGCGAAGCAAAGAGAAGCGGAAGUUCUGGAAGCGGUACACCAAGAGAGGCAAACAUAAGAAGGACCAGAAGGAAGGUCAUGUGACUGUAGAGUUAGGAGAGGCAGAGGAGGAGCAAGAAGAAAAGAAGGCCAAUGGACCAGACAACAUCCUGAAGCGCGUGUUCAACAUCAUCAAGUUCACCUGGGUGUUGUUCCAGACCACGGUGGAAAGCUUCACCAAGUGGAUGAACAACAUGUGUCGAGAACACAUCGACAUAUCCACUGUGCUGCGCAUUGAGAGAUGCAUGCUGACACGGGAGGUCAAAAAGGGUAACGUGCCUUCCAGGGAGAGUAUCCACAUAUACUACCAGAAGCAGAUGCGCAUGGCCACGUCUUGUGGCUCCAGCUUGGACCGGCUGAGUGAUGAUGACAGUGUGUCGGGCGGGUCUCACCGUGUCCGUAGAAGAAGAGAGGGCUACCGAAUGGAGAGCCAGGACUCGAUGGCAUCUAUGGCGUCCAGGGAUAGCAUAUCCAGUGCCUACACCGAAGCCACCAUGUUGUUCUCCCGCCAAGGCACACUGGACGAUCUGGAUGGAAUGCCAUCUGACAUUCCUAUUCCCAAAACCAGUGAACGCCCCAGGCCCAAACUUCGUAAGAUCUACGGCCUGGAGGCCUCCAAGUCAUCUGACAGCAGCAGCAGUCAAGUGUCCAGUGAGGCGACCCAGUGCAUCACGCUCUACUCCCGGCAGGGCACCAAUGACACCAUCGAGGAGGUGGAGGACGAACAGGACCAGGGGGAGGACAGGCAGCGAGGCCCCCGGGAACCCUUCCCUCCGGAGGGGCCAGAGGGUGCAGACGGUGGCCCCUGGAGUGGAGGCUAUUGUGGACCUGGAGGUGGGGACACCACAGAGGAGGAGGAGAGGAAUCAGGGACACGAUCCGUGGGGUUCUUCAGGCCCGGGAGAAGGCCCCUCCAUCAGGUUAGAGGAGGUUCCGACCUCGACCUUCCUGGCCCUGCGCGCAGAGUCUCGGUCAGGGUCUCAGGACUUCACCACGGAGAGUGACGACGGGGGCGCCCAGAACAGGCAGGAAUAUUUCAACAAAGAGGAUCCAGAUCGGGCGGGGCAGCUGUACACUCCUGACACAGAUGCCCCCAACACCUCGGACGCUGAACUGCCCCCUACCUACAGCAAGGCGGUGAGCUUCGACAGGCUGGAGAUGAGUGACGAUGAGAGUGACAAGUACGAUAAGAGGAUGAUGGUAAUGACCCCGGACACCAGCCGGUCAGACUAUCAGGAUGAUCCUCGGCUUCCCUCGCUGACCACUGAGCUGACCGCCAGCGAACUGCUGCUCAACAAGAUGUUCUAUGAUGAGGAGCUGGAGCGGUCCGAUAAGUUCUACAACAGCCAGCCCCUGGCUCUGCAGCUGCUCUAUGCCCUGUACAACAUGCUGGUGGCCCACUCUGAGAUGGUCUGCUACCUGGUCAUCAUCCUCAACAACAUGCUGUCCGCCUCCUGUGUAACUCUGAUUCUGCCCAUACUCAUCUUCCUCUGGGCCAUGCUGUCGGUACCUAGGCCCAGUAAGAGGUUCUGGAUGUGUGCUAUUGUUUACACAGAGGUCACCAUCAUCAUCAAGUACUUCUUCCAGUUCAGCUUCUUUCCCUUUAACCAGAACCUGGAGGUGUCAAAGACUAGGCCCUACCACCCUCCAAACAUUAUCGGGGUGGAGAAGAAAGAUGGAUACGUCGUCUAUGACCUCAUACAACUUCUAGCACUUUUCUUCCACAGGUCCAUCCUAAAGUGUCACGGCCUCUGGGACGAAGAUGACCUUCAUGACAACAAGAAAGAGAUCCUCAAACGGGACACUCGGUCAGAGGACGAGGAAAGAAAGGAGAAAUCGAGGGAGGCCACACCUGUUCCAUUGACGCCUCAUGACAGAAAUGGGUCCACGCAGACCCUCAGGUCCAUAAACCUGGGUGUGGGCGCCUCGGGGGAACUCCCCCAACAGCAGCACCAGCAGACCAGCCAGAGGAGGAAGAGCUCCAGUGGGGGUUCUCAUAUCUCCCACCGCUCAGCCCACUCUGUCCGCUCCAAGAGAGGCAGCACCAACUCGAAGAGCAGCAGCCGCAGGGACGGGAGUGAGGCCUCGGUGCAGCUUAAGACCAAGAAACAGCUGGUCAUGGAGAAACUCACUGAACAGAUGAUCAGAGCCAAGAACUUCACCAUCAAGAGGACCAUGAAUUUGUGCCUCCCCAUUCGUCAGUUCUUCUACAACCUUGUCCACCCAGAGUUCAGCGCUGUGACAGACGUAUAUGUGCUCAUGUUCCUGGCUGAUACCGUUGACUUCGUCAUCAUUGUCUUCGGGUUCUCAGCCUUUGGGAAACAUUCAGCAGGAGCAGACAUCACGUCGUCGCUGUCGGAGGACCAGGUUCCUGGAGCCUUCCUGGUGAUGGUUCUGAUCCAGUUUGGCACCAUGGUGGUGGACCGGGCUCUGUACCUGAAGAAGACUGUCUUGGGGAAGGUCAUAUUCCAGGUCAUCCUGGUGUUCGGGAUUCAUAUCUGGAUGUUCUUCAUCCUCCCAGGUCUCUCUGAGAGGCGAUUCAAUGAGAACACAGUAGCCAAGCUCUGGUAUUUUGUCAAGUGCAUCUACUUUGGGCUGUCAGCCUAUCAGAUCCGCUGUGGCUACCCCACCAGAGUCCUGGGUAACUUUCUCACCAAGAGCUACAACUACCUCAACCUCUUCCUGUUUCAAGGGUUCCGUCUCAUCCCGUUCCUGACUGAGCUCCGGGCGGUGAUGGACUGGGUUUGGACUGACACCUCGCUGUCUCUAUCGUCCUGGAUCUGCGUGGAAGACAUCUACGCUCACAUAUUCGUCCUGAAGUGCUGGAGGGAGUCAGAGAGGCGCUACCCUCAGCCCCGAGGCCAGGCCAAGAAGCCGGUGGUGAAGUACGGGAUGGGCGGGAUGAUUGUCAUGCUGCUCAUCUGCAUCAUUUGGUUCCCACUGCUCUUCAUGUCCCUGGUCAAGUCUGUGGUGGGCGUGGUCAACAAGCCCCUGGACGUCUCCUUCUCCAUCACCCUGGCCGGGUUCCAGCCCAUCUUUACCAUGAGUGCUCAGCAGAACCAUCUCAGGAACGUGUCCCAUUCGGAUUUCUACAAGACCUUCAAAAAUUCCUACCAAUACUACCCAGAAGCCUUGCAGUGGCUGGAGUCAUACGUGCCAGAAGACCUGACGAUUGCCGAGCUGGAGGGUAGCUCCAACAGCUUGUGGACCAUUAGUCCUCCCAGUAGAGAAAAUAUCAUAAAGAUGCUGGAGUCCAAAGAUCUGUUCCCCAUCACUGUAUCCUGGUCCAUACAGAGAAACCUCACUCUGGGGGCCAAGACAGAGUUUGCAACUGGGAAAAAGGUAACUUCUCUGGAUGAUAAAACCAAGCAGGAGCUGAUCCAACUUCUGAAUAGGAACAGGAGUGAAGCUGUGGUGAUAAAACAUUUGUUCCCUCGAUAUCUCCGUGCCCCAAGUGACUCUGAGGCCAAACCUGUUGACCAGCUGUAUAAAGACUCCAAACUCAUGAACAUCACGCUUAUGUUGAAGCGUUCUGAUAACGUCACAGGGGAGUCCCAGGAGUGGUGGAUAGUGAACCAGACAGCUCCAGGACAGAUCAAUGUCCGGAGCCCCGAAAAGCACAAUGAAGCUGGGCUGGAUCUCUACGUGUUCAGUGACCAGGUCAGCCCUCCAAGUUUGGGCUUCCUGGCUGGUUACGGGAUCAUGGGUCUGUAUGCCUCGGUGGUGCUCGUCAUCGGCAAGUUUGUCCGCGAGUUCUUCAGCGGCAUCUCCCACACCAUUAUGUUCGAGGAGCUGCCCAACGUGGACCGCAUCCUGAAGCUGUGUACCGACAUCUUUCUGGUCCGAGAGACUGGCGAGCUGGACCUGGAGGAAGACAUGUACGCCAAACUUAUCUUCCUCUAUCGCUCGCCAGAGACUAUGAUCAAAUGGACCAGGGAGAAAACUCAGUGAGCUGGCAACAGUGAGACGUUUAGCAGUGUUUCUCCCCUUCAGAUGACCCCUGGAUUCUUGACUGGCUGUGGUUCCUGGGAUGUCUGUAAAACUGACUGACCUGUCAGGCUAAGACACUUUCCUGACACUUCUUUAAUCAGUUUUAUAAGUGUUAGCCAUUUUCAUGCAGGCUGUCUUUCAAAGAGUAAGAGCAGAGAUUGAUGGUUGCUAUUGCAAAAAAUAUAUAUACAAAGACUAAGAAACAUCCAUACAACCCUAAAACACACAUAUUGGGGACAACAACCUGACAGACUGAGGUCAGGAAACCAAGACAGCUCAGACAAGGGAGGUUCUCCAGUCACUUGCAACCGUUUUGCUUCUUUCCCUUUGAACGCAUUGACCGAUUGGACACUACAAGGGUGCUCCGUUGUCUGGACCGGAGGAUGAGUGGCUGCUGUGAAGGCCAAGGCUGCAGGAAGCCAAAUAAAUACAGAAUACAAGCUAGCCUCUCCACAGAGGCUGGGGGAGAGUUUGAACAGUAUCCAAAGAGCUUCCGGUGCCCUGGCCACUGUUGACCAACGACCUGAGUGUAAAGGGACGUCCUGCCUCUCCUGACAUGGGUUGGGGUUUUAAAAAGGGCUCCCCACCAAUUGAUGAGAACCAUGAUGAUGAAUUGGACACAAGACUCACCCAUUCAAAUAUUUUCAACCUUUUUCCUGAUUUAAGCUCCUGGAUCGUGGGGUUGUGCAAUAUUAUGGAGCUCUUCAUCAUAUCCCCCGAGGUGGCCAUUUUGAACAAUGUUAUUGUAGUUAUGUAGGAGGCAGCUCAUGACCAAGAUGGCCGACUGUCCCAUCUGGUUAAUCUCUGAGGCUAGGCAGAGAGCUGCUUCUAAAGGCGCUAAAGCUAAAUGCAUUAUUCGACAAUCUGUACAUGCCUUAUGUUGUCUGUUUAUACGGCAAGCCUGUUGGGAUUCAAAAUUCCAGUAACCUUCCCAAAUUCCUAGAUUUCCCAGAAAUUCUAGUUGGAAGAUUCCCUAAAUCAGGGUAUAAAUAGAAAAUUCUCCAAAUGGAAUAUCUGGAAAUCCUUGACAUUUUGCGAAAGUAACCAGAAUUUUCCAAACCGAAGCUUGUGUUAAUUAUCAGAUAUGAUCUCUCUCAGGAAAAGAAAGACAUUAGUUGUGGUUUCACAAUGAAGUGGUUCACAUUUAAUAAUUUUAACAUUCAGAGUGCAGAACCGUUCAUAUGUUAUGGUAUCUACUUAGAUUAGAUUAUCUACAGUAUUAAAAGACGGUCAUAUAAGACAAAGCAUUAAAAAGCAUGUUAAUGGUAAAAGUUUUGUGGAUACUGUGCCGGGAUAAUGGCUGUUAACUUGACAUCUAUGUUGUGCUAACCGUAAAUGGCCAUGGGAGGAAAAACAUCUGCACCAGGUAAUUGACAAGAUAAACCCAGGGGCUGGCUAUUGCUAUGACCUGUAAAUAGAUAAGACGUUGGACAUCGAAGUAAAGGUUCAAGGUGUAGAUUCUGUACUAACUGUAAUAAGCACAGUUACUUCGACUGUUCUACUAUUCUACUAAAGGUUCUCCUCUCAUAGAGUACCCACACCCAAAACACAUCUGUACAUAUGUCAAGCAGCUUCCAGCGCUGUUUAUCUGAAAAAAGACAGUGUUUUGCUCAGGCAAGCUGACUUUUCAUUUCCUACGGCAGGAGCAGGCUUCCCUGGUGCUAUAGGCAGCCACAAACACUUAAUGUUUUUUCGUCUAACAAACCUGCAAAACAGGUGUGUUGAAUUGAGGCAAUAACUGUGAUGUCUUGUUUCUUGUAGUACCUGGGCUCCCCAGGAGCAGUGUUGCUUCUCCCGGUUCUCCGUAUCCACAUUGUGCUGCAAAAGGUGCUUGAACGUUGCAAAUAGAAAUUGCAUGAAUAUGGCAGACGUAAUUCCUAAUGUUAUACGUUGGAAAGGAAUAUUUGUUCUACAUAGCAUAUUUCUAUCUGAACGUUCUGACACUGAGUACAGCCCAAUUAGGCGGCCAGAGCACAGGCUGGAGGACGUUUCGAAUGUUUAAUCAGGUUGCCUUGAAGCUACUGGGCUGGACCAGAGCAUUGUAGACACAGUUUAGACCUGGCACUAACGUGUUUUUUGUCCUGACCUUGUCCACAUUCUGGUUGUGUACACAAUGUAGACAGUGUAGCCGAUUGAAGUACACACUGUGAUGGGAUUGUUAUCAGUGUGAACAGACAAGAUCAGGGCAUGCUAACAGCAGGUGUGAACAGACAAGAUCAGGGCAUGCUAACAGCAGGUGUGAACAGACAAGAUCAGGGUAUGCUAACAGCAGGUGUGAACAGACAAGAUCAGGGCAUGCUAACAGCAGGUGUGAACAGACAAGAUCAGGGCAUGCUAACAGCAGGUGUGAACAGACAAGAUCAGGGCAUGCUAACAGCAGGUGUGAACAGACAAGAUCAGGGCAUGCUAACAGCAGGUUUGAACAGGACUCUGGAAACGUGUUGACUUCCUCCAUUUUGUGUUUUUAACUUGAGAAAUUAUGUAAAUGUAAACUUCUUCCAAUUCCACCUCCUGACUUCAACUCAGCCAAGCAUCACUUCAGUUCCAUCAAGAUAUGAUGAGGAGUGAAGGCAGAUGGAGAAAACAGACCAUUCAUAUAAAACACAAACACUGUUUGUCCCUUUGGUCCGAGCUAUGCAUUAGAGGACAUUGUAGCAUGAAAGAAAAGAAAAAAUACUUAUUGUCAUGGGUAAUUUUGAUUACAAACAUAGCAGUUUUAAGGUAGGGUGGGAGUUGGGGGGUGAAAAGAAAACAUGUUGGCUGUAUGUUUAAAGUACCUUUAAAAGAUCGGUAUGUAAAGUUCCCUUUAAAGGACUAGAAUGUUUGAAGGACCUUUAAAGGACUAGUAUGUUUAAAGAUUUAAAUGUGGAACGAUUAUGGAAAUGUGUGGUUACCGUGAUCCAUUAUGGAAAUGUAUGGUUACCGUGGUCCAUUAUGGAAACCUGGUAUUGUUAUGGUCCUGUGGUUGCCAAAAUAAAACAAGAAAGGUCAA